CGUCUUCUCGCACUCCUAUCCUUCUCGCCUCCGACUGCCCCCACCGCUGCGAACCUUCUGGAACAAGCGAGCGAGCUGGCUGGCGGGCGAGACUCCUGUCGGCGAGGCGAGGCGAGGCGAGGCGAGGCUAAGGGGGAGGGAGGGAGGGGCGGCGAUGCGGGGCAGGUGACGUGCAGCGCGGCGUAGGGGGCCGGGGAUGGUGGCUGCGGCGGCGGCGGUGGAGGGUGGGCUCGGCGGGGGCGUCGAGGAGGGCGUCGGGGAGAGCUCUUCCCCGCCCCGCGACGCGGCUCCUGUUCCUGCCGGCCCCGGUGGGAGCGGAGGCGGGGGAGGCGCCCGCGACAUCUGCGGCCAGGUGCUCGAGCGACUCAUCGCCGACGGGUACGCGGAGGCGUCCGACUCCGAGUUCCGAGACAAGCUCGUGGCCCAUUUUGGGCGGCUUCCGCACAGCUAUCAGCUGGAUAUCAAUGUUGAAAAAGCAGCCGAUGUCUUGGUCCACCAGAACGUCUUAGCAGAAGCAAAGGAUCCUGAUAGGCGCCCUGCAUUCCAUGUCCGUUUCUUGAGGAUUGAAGAUGUGGAUCAAGCAUAUGACUCCGAUGCAACUGAAGAAGGGGAUGAUGAUGGUGAUGAUCUCUCUGUAAGGCAAGACACACAAUAUAAUCAUAUUCAUGAGAUUGUUUUCUCCACAAUUGACAAGCCAAAGCUACUCAGUCAGCUCUCUGCAUUGCUAUCCGACAUUGGACUGAACAUCAGAGAAGCACACGUUUUCUCAACUCAUGAUGGCUAUUCUCUUGAUGUUUUUGUGGUUGAUGGUUGGCCUAUUGAGGAUACUGAUGGUUUGAACAAAGCACUGGAAGCAUCCAUUUUAAGAAAUGAGGGUUCGUGGUCUGGUUCAUCUCAUUCCUCAGCAGCUGAAAGAACACUGCUCUUCCAAGUUAAAGGUGGUGAGUGGGAAAUCGACAAACGACUUCUUAAGAUGGGAGGGAUGAUUGCUUCUGGUUCUUGUGGGGACUUGUAUCAUGGGACUUACCUUGGUGAGGAUGUAGCUGUUAAAGUUCUAAGGGCUGAGCAUUUGAAUAAGAAUGUCUGGAAUGAGUUCACGCAGGAAGUAUAUAUUCUAAGAGAAGUUCAACAUACAAAUGUUGUGCGGUUCAUUGGUGCAUGCACAAAACCACCGCAAUUUUGCAUAAUUACAGAAUACAUGUCUGGAGGAAGCCUGUAUGACUUUGUGCACAAGCAGCAUAAUGUUCUAAACCUCACAACUAUCUUGAAGUUCGCAGUUGAUGUAUGCCGAGGGAUGUGCUACUUGCACGAAAGGGGUAUCAUCCAUAGAGAUUUAAAGACUGCCAACCUUCUAAUGGACAAAGAUCACGUUGUUAAAGUGGCUGAUUUCGGUGUGGCUCGGAUCCAGGAUCAAGGAGGUAUCAUGACAGCUGAAACUGGAACAUACAGAUGGAUGGCACCUGAGGUUAUAAAUCAUCAACCCUAUGAUAACAAAGCAGAUGUGUUCAGCUUUGCAAUUGUUCUUUGGGAGCUGAUAACGUCUAAGAUCCCAUAUGAUACCAUGACUCCGCUCCAGGCGGCUGUAGGUGUUAGACAGGGAUUGCGUCCAGGACUCCCCAAAAAGGCACAUCCAAAGCUUUUGGACUUAAUGCAGAGAUGUUGGGAAGCCGAUCCAUCUAAACGGCCUGCUUUCCCAGACAUCCUAGCGGAGCUAGAGGAUCUUCUGUCACAUGUUCAGGGAGCUUCAGGAAAGACAGUCCAAGAUCCAGCUAAUGACUCGAACAAAAAAAGAUUGACUCCCCCUGCACAUACCUGACAUUUUUCUCAAUUCGGUGAUUUGGCGUAUUUAGGAUUCGGGUCACUAAUUAAGAGGAAUGUAGCAUAUCAUUUUUUUUCCGGUUGGUUUUGCUUUGGUGUACAUUUGAACAAGCAUCUUGGGGCCUAAUUUUUUUGGUCUCAUUGUUCUUACAUCGAGGAAAUUGGCUCGCCAACCUGCUUAUAAUGAGACUGGAUGUUUCGGAUGCAUCUGACUUA